AAAUUCUUAAUCUUCAUUAUAGAAGAAAUGUGCUAAAUAAAAGCACACGAAGACAUAAGCUUCAGAAAUAUUAUAAAAGCCAAAAGCAAAUGAACAACUUGUUUUCCAGAAAGUAGUGAAAAAUCUCAACUUUCACCAUAUGACAAAAAAGAAAAUUAUAAAGGAUCUUCCUGGAUGCUAAUUGAACUCUACUAAAAUGCAAGAGAAAGAGGACCAUCCUGGACCAGAGAGGAACAGAGAACUCUUACACUGUACGGAACUCCUGCGCAAAAUAGAGCUCCUGAAGACGUUCCACUGCACACAAAAAUGUCCCAUCCUUUACAGUCCUUGAACAGAUUUGGAGCUGGCAGCGGAUCUUUGUCACCUCUCUCAGUAACAGGAGCACCCAAGCAGGACUACCUAAGUGAGGAGCAAGGAAACAAAGUGCACUGGGCAGCACUGCUGAUCCUCCUGGUGAUAAUCCCCACCAUUGGGGGGAACAUACUUGUCAUUCUGGCAGUGUCCCUGGAGAAAAAGUUGCAAUACGCUACCAACUACUUUCUGACUUCCUUGGCGGUGGCAGAUUUGCUUGUGGGUCUGUUUGUGAUGCCAAUUGCCCUUCUCAUAGUAUUAUUUGACAAUACCUGGCCUUUACCAACAGCCUUGUGUCCUAUCUGGCUGUUCCUUGAUGUCCUCUUUUCCACAGCUUCCAUCAUGCACCUCUGUGCCAUCUCCCUGGACCGCUACAUUGCGAUAAAAAAGCCAAUCCAGGCCAGCCAGUACAAUUCAUGGGCUACAACAAUCAUCAAAAUCAUCGUGGUUUGGCUCAUUUCAAUAGGCAUUGCAAUUCCAGUCCCUAUCAGAGGCAUUGAGGAUGGAAAUGGCAACUCUACAAACAUCACGUGUCUCCUGACGCCUGAUCGUUUUCAUGACUUCAUUCUGUACGGAUCAGUGGCUGCCUUCUUCAUUCCCCUGGCUAUCAUGAUCGUCACUUAUUUCCUGACAAUCCAAGUGCUGCGCAAAAAGGCCUAUUUGAUCAACAAGCCGCCGCAGCGCUUCAUCUGGUCAACAGUGUCCACAGUCUUUCAGCGUGACACAACACCUGCCUCCUCACCAGAAAAGGUGGCCAUGCUCAAUGGCUCCAGAAAGGACCAGACUUUGUCCAGUGACAUGCCUAUCUGCAGGACAUCCACGAUUGGGAGGAAGUCCAUGCAAACGAUAACCAAUGAACAAAGGGCGUCAAAAGUUCUGGGGAUUGUAUUUUUUCUUUUCUUGCUGAUGUGGUGCCCGUUCUUCAUAACAAACAUCAGCUCAGUUCUGUGCAACUCCUGCAACAAGGAGGUCUUUCAAAAGCUUUUGGAGAUAUUUGUUUGGAUAGGGUAUGUAUCCUCAGGAGUGAACCCUCUAGUAUAUACACUCUUCAACAAAACAUUUAGGGAGGCUUUCAGCAGGUACAUCACUUGCAACUAUCGGACCACAAAGCCUAUCAAGGCCCUUCGGAGGCGAUCCAGCAGGAUCUCUUUCAGAAGCUCUGUAGCAGAAAAUUCCAAGCUCUUUGUCAUGAAUGGGAUGAGAAAUGGGAUUAACCCCAUUAUGUACCAGAGCCCAAUGAGGCUGAAAAGCUCACCCAUCCAAGCAUCAUCGGCCAUUCUGCUGGACACGUUGUUGCUCACUGAGAAUGAGGUUGAUAAAACAGAAGAACAAGUCAGCUAUGUAUAGUGGAAUGGCAGCCAUGUCCAUGCAGCAUUACUGUAUGUAUUAUUCUAGAUAACUGCACUGUAAGAGGGUAUAAAUACUACUGUUUUCUGUUAUUUAUGCAAGCAAUAUCUUAUAAAUUUAUAUUAAUUCCUCUCCUCCAAAGUAUACUCUACUUUAACCCCAACCCCAUGGUGGCAACUACAAUUUCAUGCCAUAACAAAUGACUCAUGCAGAACUGUAACCUAAGGAAGAGGGAAAAAAAUAAAAACUAAAUCAG